CCCUCUUUCACUAUUGUGUCUUCCUGCAGAACAGUACACGUGGUGUUUGAUUAGUAACCCAGAAAGGUCAGGCUAAAAAAAAAUAAAAAAACGAGUCACAAACCCUUCAAAAAGUGUAUUUAGUGUCUGUGUUAAAGGACUAUAACGAGGGACAUUUUAUGCCAGGGAGGUUUCUGGUUUCAACUUCCAACAACUCAGCCGGACAGCAUCUCGUAUUUCAAAGCGGAACUCAAGUUGACUUUGGGUGGUUGUUUCCACACGAACAAAUAAUCGCGCUUUUCACAUCGUUAGGUAGCGGAGAUGGCAGCCCUACGAACGGCACUUCAUGGACGACUUCUUCAGACCCUCCCCCUCUCCUUUGGCUCACUGCGGUUUGCCAGCUCCUUUAAGGCAGCAGAUCUCGUCAUUGAACGCAAUGCAGCAUGUAAGCAGAAGCCCGACCCCUCCACCUUGGUGUUCGGAAAACAGUUCUCCGACCACAUGUUGACCAUCAACUGGUCGGAGAAGGGCGGCUGGCAGGCUCCUCAAAUCAAACCUUUCCAGAACCUAUCGCUGCACCCGGCCAGCUCCUCCCUGCAUUACUCCAUAGAAUUGUUUGAAGGCAUGAAGGCUUUCCGUGGAGUUGACAACCACGUCCGGCUGUUCAGACCCAUGCUAAACAUGGAGAGGAUGCAUCGGAGCUCUGAAAGAAGCUGCCUUCCUUUAUUUGAUAAAGGUGAACUGCUGGAGUGCAUCAAGAAGCUGGUGGAGGUAGACCAGGAGUGGGUUCCCUUCUCCCAGGACGCUAGCCUCUACAUCAGACCCACCUUCAUAGGAAUUGAACCCUCUCUCGGCGUGUCUCGGCCAGGAGAAGCUAUGCUCUUUGUCAUCGUUGGCCCAGUGGGACCUUACUUCGCCACGGGGUCUUUCAACCCUGUGUCUCUGCUGGCGGACCCUUCAUUUGUCAGGGCCUGGCAGGGAGGCGUUGGUGCCUAUAAGAUGGGAGGUAACUACGGCCCUACAAUAGCUGUGCAGAACGAGGCAGUGAAGCGGGGCUGUCAGCAGGUUCUGUGGCUGUACGGAGAGCAGGAGGAGAUCACAGAGGUCGGCACCAUGAACCUCUUCAUCUACUGGACCAAUGAGAACGGAGAGAAAGAGUUGUUCACCCCUCCUCUGGAUGGCAUCAUCCUCCCAGGAGUGACCAGACAGUCGCUCCUGGACCUGUCCAGAAGCUGGGGUGAGUUUAAGGUGGCCGAGCGCACGAUGAGCAUGCCGGAGCUGCUGGGGGCUCUGGAUUCUGGGAGGAUCCUGGAGGUGUUCGGUGCGGGUACAGCCUGCGUUGUGUGUCCCGUGGGCAGCCUCCUCUACAAAGGAAAGACAUACCAGAUCCCGACUAUGCAGAAUGGUCCGGACCUGGCCAAGAGGUUCCACAAAGAGCUUACUGACAUUCAGUAUGGUCGCAAAUUAAGUGAGUGGGCCCCAGUGGUUCUUUAAAUGGCCGUAUUGCACAUGCCAAUUGUAUCAAUAGUCCCAUUUUCCAGUUUGGACAACCACCAGCCCUCCCCCUCUCAACCCACUAUUGCACUCCUGCAUACCGACCGACCAAGGAGACAGAUUCCUCUCUGUCGGGCUUCGUAGGCAUCUGUUACAACAUCUCUUGCUUUGGAAAGCAAUAUUAACAAUAUGCAAUGUUUGGACUCGAACACACUCUGAUUAUUGGGUGUAUAUGAAGCAGUAAAAACGGCUUUCAAUGGAAGAGAAAAUCAUACAAGAAAACCAAUGCAGUCAAUUUUAAAAACUGAUGUACAGUAUAUUAGACUAACUCAAGCAUAUUCAAAAUUCUAAUCUAUUCGGGUCAGUUUUAUUCAAAAUACACUCCACACACACAUAUAUACUUGAACUGGUUAAUUGUGUUAAAUAGCACAAACAUUUAUUUUAUCACAUUUUUUAAACCUGGUAUUAAAAAAAGGCACAAACUGACAUAUUUCAGGCAUAGAAGGUGAAAUAUUUGCAUUAUUAAAGCAGCUAAAUAUUUGCUGUGUAGUACGGCUCGGCAGCACUUUGCCCGUACGAGCUGUUUCUCAUUAACAAAAGUAAUAACUCUAACCUUCACAACAGGAAAACCUUAUAUAAACAAUAACCUGUAUUACUUUCAACCACCUGUGGUGUGUUCUCCAAAACCUUUAACUGUUACGUGUGAGUAGUACCUGUAAAUGCAUCAUAGGAUAAUGUUGUGUUACGGUUGUGUACAUAAUGAAAUGAGAGAGUCACGCUGUUAGUUUUUAUGGGGCCACGUCACUUUGACACCAGAGUUUGCACUGACCUUGUUAAAUGUCGGGUUUGUAUUUUAAACCUGGUUUGACUCAGCUUUUAGGAACGGUUUUUAUGUUUGAUGGUUUUUUUUUUGUGAGGAAGACUACUGCACGAAAACUAAACAAAGAGAUUAAAAGGUCUAACAAUAGGAGGACGAGCUGUAGAAGAGAAAGACUGUUACACGCUGGCAGUUACUCCUGCACUAGACUGUGUGUAAUUAUUAUGAAAACAAUGUAACAAAGUGUGUUAUUUUAGAGGUUUUUAAAUUAUAUUUUUCCUUUUCUCAUGUGAAAUUAGGUAUACUGUCUUCCAAAGUACUUGACCAGUGUUUUCUGUAUCCUCGGGCUCAUGUCCCUCCAUCUCUGGUUUUCCUUACUUUGAAUGUAUUUUUAUUUUUACACACAUACUGUCCCUCUCUUCUGUCUAAGUGCCUGACCUUAGCCUGGUGGAUCUUCAGCUGCUGUUUUUACUUUUCGAGUUUGUGCACUAGGGGAUGUAGCUGGAUUCUUUUUCAGUUUAGUUGUUUCUAAAUGUACUGUUACUUUUAAUCGGCUGUAAUGUUUUUACAAUAAACCUGAUCUGAGUUCAA